GCCAUUUCCUCCAUUUUUCUCCUUUAAAGGAGAAAAUCUAUAUUUUUCCUUGGCAAAUGGAAAACCUGGAUCCCUGAAGAUCAGGCAUCAGCUGAGGAAUGGUUUGGGGAUGUCACUGACAGCCUCAGUUUUAGAGCAGGUGCCCAAAGAGAUAGUAAGAUACGCUCAGAAUCUUUGGGGCUUUUAGCCAAAGUCUUUACCAAGCUGUACGAUGUGUCAACAAGCUGAAACACUCCAAACUUUUUCAUGGGAACAGCAAGAAACACCUCUUUCACCCUCCCACUAUCCCCCCAGUGAAAUAUUAAGUUAAUGCUCCAAAUGCUAGAAAUAGUAAAGCUGACAAUUCUUGUUCUUUCACAUUUGGGGAGCUGCAUAUUCUCGACUAGCUUGGCAUGCCAAGUUGUUUUCAAAUACUAUUUAUCAAACUUUUGCACACAUACACAACUCAGCCUUAAGUAGGGACCAAGCCUGAAAAUGCAAUGCCAAACCGUUAAAAGCAUCCUAGUCAUAAUCAAAUGGGAAAUGGGUUAUUCAGUUGUAAUAUGAGGGACCCUCAAAGCUUCAAUUCUGUUGCCCUUUGCAGCACCUGGUGCUUCAGCGUGGAACAUGGCGUCCAAGAAGCGGCAGCCAAAACAGGGAGUUGCAGAUCUGAGGAAAAGCAAACAGGGAACAAACAGCAAAAACAGUGAACGGCCCCAUGCAAGUUGCAGCACAGACCUGCUUGUCACCGAGAGGGAACGGUACCUUCAGAAGGAAUGCGAGAUCCUGACUGAACAGAUAGACACGUACAAGAAGAGAGUGGAGCACUUCCUGCAGGAGAACGAGUUUCUGGACAAGGAGGCGCAGCAGAUGCAGCAGAACAGUAAAAUCUAUACCACCUACAUGAGGAAGCACACUCAGAAGUGCCAGGACGCUGUCGUGAUGCUGAAUGACCAGAACCACUCUGAUCUGAGCGCCGUGCGCAGGCAGAAAGAGCAGAUGGUUGCUCAUUACUCUGAGCAGGAGAGGAAGCUGAGAAAGAAGCUAAUGGAGCUGGAGACAAAGUCUGCACUCAUGAGCAGGGAGGUUGGGGACCUGCAGCCCUACAAGGACCUGCAGCUGGAACAGCUGAUCAGAAUCAGGGAGCUGGAGAAGGAGCUCCUGCUCACAAAAAUCCAGCACACAGAGCAGAUGCACAAGGUCAAGAGCAGGUUUCUGCAGGCCAAGUCUGACUACACGGUGGUGUCUCGGCAGAAGGUGCAGGCCCUGGCCAAGAGCGCAGAGGAGGCGGCCGUGGGCUGCCUCAUCCGGCACAUCAAGCAGGUGAAGGCCGAGAACUGGCGCCUGCGCCACCAACUGCUGGGCCUCCUCCGGCGCUCCGGCGUCCUGCGGGCCUACCAGCACCAGCUGCGAGCGCGGCAGCAGCAGCUACUCCGGGAGCACCAACACAGCCAGGCCCUGGCCCGCCUGCGCCCCUGGCUGCAGCGCCCUGCGGCACGGGGCCCCGCACAGGCCGACCUGCGCACGGGCGGCCCCCGGGACGGACCCUUGGCCCAGGGCCGCGCCGCCUCACGGGCCGGGACCAAGGGGCAGCAGCGGGCAGAUGCUCAGUGCUUCCCUUUCUCUGUUCCGUUCUUCCGAGAAUAUCCUUCCCCCGCUGCAGCUGGACCCAAGCAGCUGUACCUCCGAACCAUGAUUCUGCCUGCCAUCCUCUUCCCUUAG